GCCGCUGCAGCUAGCGGCACCAGUUGCUCGCAGACGACAACCAACACUCCCACACCAUGUACAAGCUUGUGAUCCUGAUGUGCGCCGUGGCCGCCGCCCACGCCGGCUACCUGGGAGGCUACGCCGCCCCCGCCGUCGCCGUGGCGCCUGCCGUGGCCGCCCCCGCCGUCGCCGUGGCCCACGCCCCCGUGGCCGUGGCGCCCGCCGCCUCCUCGUACGCCAACACGUACCGCGUGUCGCAGACCGCCCGCCUCCUGGCCGCCCCCGCCGUCGCCGCCGCCCCCGUAGCCUACGCCGCCCCCGCCAUCCAUGCACCAGUAGCCUACGCUGCACCUGCUGUCGCUGCUCCUAUCCUCAAAUAUCACUAAAAUCUAACUUGUGUCUUGUCGACAAUAAAGUGGAGUAUUUAUUACAAUAA